UACUGCGCUACUGCGAGAACAAGUUCAACGACAAGCACAUCACCACCCUGCAGGCAUCUUUCUUAACAAAGAAGUUAAAUAUUGGUGGAAAAAGAGUAAACCUUGCCAUAUGGGAUACAGCAGGUCAAGAGAGAUUCCAUGCAUUGGGUCCAAUUUACUACCGAGAUUCGAAUGGAGCUAUUUUAGUUUAUGAUAUAACGGAUGAAGAUUCCUUUCAGAAGGUAAAAAACUGGGUCAAAGAGCUACGGAAAAUGUUGGGAAAUGAAAUCUGUUUGUGUAUAGUUGGUAAUAAAAUAGACUUGGAAAAGGAGAGACAUGUUUCUAUCCAAGAAGCAGAGUCGUAUGCAGAUUCUGUGGGAGCAAAACAUUAUCAUACUUCUGCUAAACAAAACAAAGGAAUUGAGGAACUCUUCCUUGACCUCUGUAAAAGAAUGAUAGAGACAGCACAAGUGGAUGAGAGGGCGAAAGGCAAUGGCGCUAGCCAAGCUGGACCUGCUCGUCGAGGUGUGCAGAUCAUCGACGAUGAACCUCAAGCUCAGAGCGGUAGUGGAGGGUGCUGUUCUUCUGGAUAACUGCUCACGUGUGAAACUCAAACAAAACAGAACUGUGGAUCAUUGCCCUCAACAUGAAGACUGCCAUAUUCCAAGUCACGUCAUUUUACCAAUGGAGUUAGAAUUAACAGUAUUUUAAAUUACGUUUAUAACACUGAAGAGACCUUAAGUGCUAAACUUAGUGGAGUUUGUGACCAGAGAAUUGGCAUUUUCUACAAAUGUUAACAAAGCAAUUACCAAUGGCCUUUUUACAUAUUUUUUUCUUUAAUGAGGAAUAAUAUGCAUGUAGAAAAGACCUACUUAAAGGCUUCAUUUAUAUUCUUUUAAAUCAGAUCUUUAUUUAAUAACUUAUAUAUGAUGUUGGAAUGGUAUACAUUUUUGCAGUCCUUUGUAUUUUGUGGUAGUUUGAAUUGUAUCACUUCUAAACAGCAUACUGUUUUUGUUUUUGUUUUUGAUUAGCAGAUACCUGAAGUUCUAUUUUUGCAGGGUUUGCACAGGCCCCUAACUGUCUACUACUUUGAUAUAAUCUAUAAACAUCCUGUAUGCUGAGCUGGUAAAAUACAUUGUAAAUUACAUAUUAAAUAUUUUAUCUGCUUUUACAAGCGCAAGGUGCAAAAACAUAUACAAUUGUCUUAUUGGUGACUGUAAAGUGAAUUAGCUGUUGGUGACGAUCCCUAAGCUUUUUGACUCUGUUACAGUGAUCACCCUCUUUCACUUUGUCUUAACGUGACAGUGGCGUGUUUAAAGUUACACAUACUUUACUUGAAUUAUUACUGUUGUCACUUUUUUUUUUUUUUUUUUUUUUUUUUUUUUUUUUUUUUUUUUUUUUUUUGGCCUCUGUAAGUCCCAGUGAUCAAAAAGCAGCAUUUGCCUUUUUAUUAUUAUUAAACAAGAUUUCUUCUGCCAAUUUUGUUUUAGAACAGUUACCUUAGAAGAAUUUGAGUGGAGCUUGCCAAGUUUCACUUCUGCAACAAUUUGAGUUUCCUGUAGGGCUUUCCAUGAAAUGGAUUCACUGGUCUGAGAAGAGGGGUCCCAGGUAGUAGCCACUGACCAAGGCUUAUUUAUGUAGGAUGUUGAGUGGUAAUUUAUGCCUCUGAAGCAACUUCUGGAUCCCUUAUGAGGAUGUUUAAUCGGUCAUUCUCAGAAAUGAAUUUAGAAAGUUGUAUUUCUAAGAGUUAUCUCAGUUUCUAUGGGAAGAAGCAUUUUGUAAUGCAGUUACAACAACACUGGAAAGAUUUAUUAUAAAAUCAUAUUCUUGUUUGUCUUGUAACUACUCCCAUAUUGAAUUUUUUUUUCUUUAGCAUUGGACUGAAAUUUGUUCAUUUAAAAAAGAAUCAGGCACUGCUCGAAGAAGAGACAGAUUGUAGAAAUUAACAUAAAUUGUUCUAAUAUAUAUAUUUUCCCAUUUCUGUCAUGCUUGGAAAACUAGUAAAUGUUGUGUGUAAGAUAAGAUGGAAUGGUCCUGGAUUUACUUCUUCUAAGAAUUAGAGUAUAGUAAUGCAAUUAGUAAGCAUUUCUGAAGACACGAAAAUGUGAUGGUCACUGAGUGAAUACUACCAUGUUCUUAGGAGUAGAUUAAACCUUCCCAAAUAGGUGGGAAGUUGAAUGACUUGACACCUUACCAUCUAAAUAGUAGGGAUUUAGCAUUGUGUUCUCUGAGCCCUCUCUUUAGAUUAUUUACUUAGCGACCUUGACAGAUGCAAAACACUGACUCUUUGCUGUGUGCCUGAAGAUGGUCAGAAAUGAAAAGUCAAGAAAAUGAGCUACAGCUGUGUCCCAUUGCAGACUGGUUGUGCUGUGCCCUUCCUGGGUUCCCUGUGGAGUUGGUGUUUAUGCAGGGGUAGAAGGGGCAGCAGAAACCACAAGUCUUUGGAAAAUUUGUUCCUAUGCUCUGGCUUUUUCAAGAGUAAAGACUGCUGCCAAUCCUACUGUUGUAGACAGGAAAUAUACGUUCCUCGCCUGAGUAGAAUACUAUUUUUUUUUAAACUAGAGAUGAAAUUAAAACAAGUUAAACUUGAUCAUUGGAGGGCUGUGCUUGAGUUUUUCACUGUCAGUAGUAUCAAGUCCAUACAGGAGCCUCUGCUCUGGACUUGGAGGUAAUUAUUCCUGGGUUAGAAACUAUCCUCUGUACUGUUUCCACCUCACACAUCUCAUUCUCUCUCUCUUUAAAGUUAUGAUCCAUGCUAACUGAAUAACAGACACGUAAUACAGUACACCUGCUGUGCUCCAAGGCAUGAAGGACCUUAAGUGGAGUGAGGGGAAAGAAAAGAAUCAGUCAGCUGAAUGCCUGUGGAAGAGAAAGAUAAAGCAAUGAUAGACUAAGGCCAGCAAAGUGUUCUUGGUCCUGCCUUCUUCUGGUCUAUCUGUGUUCCUAUCCUAAUAACUUGUGCUGUUAGGAAAAGGCAAAGGUGGCAUAGUGGUGUGUAUUAGAUGCUAAAUGACUCUCCAAAAGUAUAUACAGGUCACAUAACCUAAAGCUAGUUUAAGAUAGUCAUUAAUUUCAUUAUUAUGUUAAUGUAUACAGUCACCAUUUUUGUAAUGAGUAGCUUGCUGUUUGUUUUGCUUUAUGGUUAUGGAAGGGUGUUUUUAAAAAUGUCUUCUGCAACAGUUGGGGAUGAGCAGUAAUCUGAAAAGAAAAUAUGUUGUUAUAUGAAAUACACAUACUUAUUGUGUUUGGGGUGUCUCUUAAGAAUACCCUAAGAUUAUGAUUGUUACUGUAUUGAAAUCUUUUUUUCAUACUAGCCCUAAAUUAUUAUUUUUCUUUGGUGUUAGAAAACAAUGAUUUUUUUUAAGUUUUUUUCUUUUGGUUUCCAGUAAUAAAAGAUAAAGUCCAGAAGGAGAUAGGAUAGACGUCACAUAUGUAUAAAACUCUAAUCCAACAAUGUUUAUCUUCAUUUUGAUAAUACAUUGCUUUUAUCAUGGGAUAGUUUCUCGAUAAGGCAAGAUACACAAUUAUGUGCCAAAUAAUUAGAGCAUUUAAAAUAGACUGUGAUACUGUUUAUGUCUUUUAGUAUAUAGUUUAUAAUUUUCUGUUUUAUAAAUGUCAUCAGCCUUCUACACAAUGGACCUUCAUUAUUUAUUUGCAGAUAAUGUAGGUGGCAUUUGCAAAGGUAAUUAUAUUAUCUCUUGAUGUGGUUUGAUUUGUUCCUUUAACUUCCAAAUUAUCUUUUUACGUCCUGUGGCCAUUUUGAAUCUUGAAAUUCUCCAGGAAAGGGUGACCAAUAGGAAGCUCACAAUCAUGUAUUAUAAAGAGACUUUACAUACUUUUUUAAAUUAUAAAAUGCAUUGUCCGGGUUUUCAUAAUUAAAGCUGAUACUGAGCUACA